ACUUUAUAAUCUCAUUUUAAACACAAGGCAGCCACUCAGAAAUAACAGCCCGAGAUCAGACAAAACAUUAGCAAGCACUUUCCGAGAAAUCAGGAGGCAUUUCCGAUAUGGCGGCCCCGGAGCAAUGGCUUCUUAUCUACCUGUCCUUGUUUUCCCUCAACAAAUGGACUUUAGCUUUUAACUUGGAUACUGAAAAUUUUAUUAAGAAAACCGGAAAGCCGUCAAGCUUGUUUGGGUUUUCUCUUGCUAUGCACAGGCAGCUCACGCCAAGAGAUCAAAAAAUGUUACUAGUUGGUGCUCCAAAAGCAGAAGGACUUCCAAAGCAACAAGCUAGUAUUACGGGAGGGUUGUACAAAUGCCCCAUUACAGCUGAAGAAAAUGACUGUGUGCGUGUCAUUUUUGAUGACAGUGCUGACUUGACACAGGAGAGUAAAGAAAAUCAAUGGAUGGGUGUUUCUGUGAAAAGUCAGGGACCAGGUGGAAAGGUCAUGGUUUGUGCUCAUCGAUAUGAGCUAAGGCGAUAUGUGAAUAAACCAGACGAGGCUCGCGAUGUGACUGGACAAUGCUAUAUUUUGAGCGAGGAUCUCGUUUUCCGCGAAAAUGAAACUGAUAAAAAUGUGAAACUUUGUGUUGGGCGACUUCGGGGUCAUGAAAAAUUUGGUAUUUGUCAGCAAGGUGUAGCUAGUGCUUUCACCAACGACAGUAAUUAUUUUAUAUAUGGAGCACCAGGUGCUUACAACUGGAAAGGAAUAAUACAUGUGGAAGAAAGCAAAAAUAUUGAUGAGAUUGACUUUGAUGGACCCUAUGAAGUGGGUGAUGAAAGCAAACGUGACGAAAAAUUGAUACCUGUCCCUGCUAACAGCUAUUUAGGCUUUUCUCUGGACUCGGGCAAGGGAAUCACAUCGAAGGACACAUUGACCUUUGUAUCAGGUGCACCAAGAGCCAACCAUGCUGGAGCAGUUGUUUUCCUAAAGAUAGAAAAACGGACAAGAAACCUAAUGACUGAACAUGUUCUGGAUGGUGAAGGGUUGGCGUCCUCUUUUGGAUAUGAUAUUGCUGUGGUGGAUCUUAAUCAAGACAGCUGGUUGGAUCUUGUGGUAGGAUCCCCACAGUUCUUUGACAGAGAAACAGGAAUUGGUGGUGCUGCUUAUGUUUACAUUAAUCAAGGAGGAAAUUGGAAGAACAUAAAGCCCAUUCGUUUAAAUGGGACCAAAGAUUCCAUGUUUGGACUGGCUGUUGAGAAUAUAGGUGACAUUAACCAGGAUGGGUAUCCAGAUAUUGCUAUUGGAGCACCUUAUGAGGAAAAUGGUAAAGUCUACAUAUACCAUGGAUCUCGUUCUGGGAUAAAUACAGAACCCUCUCAGAUACUUGACGGGAAAGAUUUUGGAGUCCCUCUAUUUGGCUAUUCUCUUGCAGGCAACCUAGAUCUCGAUGAAAAUAACUACCCUGACAUGGCUGUUGGCUCACUCAGUGAUGCAGUCUUGAUGUACAGGGCACGACCUGUUAUCCAAAUCACAAAGAAAGUCACUACUACACCCCAGAUUAUUGAUAUGAAGAAGAGCCAUUGUCGUAAUAAUCAAGGAUUUUGUAUGACUGUCAAGGCAUGCUUUAUGUACACAGCUCAUCCCAGCGAUUUCAAUUCCAUGAUACAUGUAAUCUAUUGGAUUGAAGCUGACACUGCACCACAUAAGGUGGGUUGGAAGCCAAGAGUCAGAUUUGCUGGGAAUGUUUCCGUUAACAAUGUGACUGGCAGCCUCAUAUUAAAAGCGCAAAGAGAAGAGGAAUGUGUCACUCAAAUAAUACAGCUGCAGGAACAUAUCCAUGAUAUCCUACACCCUAUUCCCAUAUCAGUUGGAGUACUGCUCAAGCAGUCAAGACGCAAGAAAAGGCAGGAUUCUAACUUAAUUGACUUGCUUCCUGUCCUUGAGAAGAGUGAUCCCCAGCGUACAGAGGUUGAAUUUUUGAAGGAAGGCUGUGGUACUGAUGCCAUUUGUAAGAGUAAUCUCGAAUUAGAAUACGAAUUUUGUUCCAGGGAUCAAAACCAGCAGAACAAUUUUAUUCCUUUACCUAAGGAUAAAACAAUUCCAGUGUUUAAAUUAAAGGACCAGAAGGACAUAGUUCUAAAAAUAACUGUUACUAACAAGCCAUCAGAUCCUAAAAAACCAGAUGAAGACGGGGAUGAUGCACAUGAAGCUCACCUGAUUGCAACAUUUCCAGACACUUUAACAUACUCUACAUUUCGAAUUCUGACAUCAACUUUAACUUCAGACAAAGUAUCAUGCACAGCAAAUCAGAAUGGGUCUCGAGCAGUCUGCGAAUUAGGAAAUCCAUUAAAAAGAGGAUCUGAGGUUACUUUCUACUUAGUUAUGAGCACUGCUGGAAUUACAUUGGACACUAGGAACCUCAAUAUCAAUCUACAACUGGAUACGACCAGUGAACAGGCGAAUGUGUCAACAAUUGCUUCUGCUCAAGUUAUGAUUGAACUACUUUUGUCUCUGGUUGGUGUUGCCAAACCAUCCCAGGUUUAUUUUGGAGGUUCCCCACUUGGUGAGAGUGCUAUGAAAACUGAAGAGAAUGUAGGGAGUUUGAUUCAGUAUGAGUUCAGGAUAAUUAAUCUGGGCACAUCACUUAAAACUCUGAACACUACCUGGCUACAAAUCAGGUGGCCAAAAGAAAUAAACAAUGGAAAAUGGCUGCUCUAUUUGGUGAAAAUUGAUUCAAAAGGCAUUGGUAAUAUUCAAUGCGUGCCUAGUAAUGAAAUUAAUAAUAGAAAAUUAAAGGAAGUUCCUAACCAAAUAAGGAAAAGAAGAGAGCUUGAGGGCAAUGGACCCAAGAAGUCAAGAUUAACAUCCUCUCCUGAAAGAAAAUAUAUAACUCUAGAUUGUGACCGGCAGAAAAAUACUAGAUGUGUUGAUAUAAAAUGUCCCCUUCAAGGUCUUGAUAGCAGUGCAUUCCUGGUUUUACGUUCACGGUUAUGGAACACCACUUUCCUAGAGGAAUUUUCCAAAUUGAAUUACCUUGAUAUCAUUGUUAAAGCCACGAUAACUUCUGAAUCUCAGGCCAAAAACAUUGUGAUUAAUAAUGCUGAAACUGAGGUGCGAGUCACAGUGUUCCCUGAAAAAGCUGAGAAUCAUUACUUUGGAGUUCCUUGGUGGAUCAUUUUUGUCGCUAUCCUGGUUGGAAUUUUGCUGUUGGCACUUUUAGUAUUUUUAUUAUGGAAGUGUGGAUUUUUUAAACACUCCCAUUAUGAUGACAGUGUUCCACGCUACCAUGCAGUCCGAAUCAGAAAAGAAGAACGACAAACCUUUCAGGAUGGAAAAUUGAACAAGAAAUUUGACAAGAAACAAUGGAUGACAACAUGGCAGGAAAAUGAAAGCUACUCCUAAGAACCAUUGUCUUUGUAUUGUUAAAAUUAUUGAAUUUAGUAUGCCAUAGUAACACAUACUAUGUUGCUACUGCAUUACUGUGCAUUGAUUUCUCUUCAAUUGUCUAAGAAUGGCCCUUGAUUACAGAGAUUUUUGUAGUGCAGCCCAUACCACAGUGUGGCUGCCCUUCUUAUCCUUAAAUACAACCAGAAUGCUUUCUGGAUUGUAUGGAUUUUAGACCACAUGGUCUAAGAAGUUUUGGUGGGUAAGAUUUGCCUUGCACACCAAGUCUCCAGCAGUAUGGGAUUGAAUUGGUAUCUGCUCCAGCAUAUAGGUGUGAAAAAACUUGGAAUUUCAUUCAGUAACAUUUGGUCCUUGCCAUUUUAAAUUUUAAAUAAUGUGCAAUAGUCAACUGUGCAACUGACUAUUGAUUUUCAUUGAUGAAUGUGUUUCAGUAUUGCCAGGACCCAGUUUGUGUGUUCAGAAAUGAGUCAACAUUUUGAGAUGGGAUUGAUUUUCAAACAAAGAAAUUGUACAUUUUGUAAAUAGUUAUAUAUUUUAGUGUGUCCUGGUAUUUAUUUUGUCAUAAAUUGUGUCCUUUCACUAAUCAUUAGUUUGGCCAUAGAUGGCUAAAUUUCCCUUCAGGGAUAAUAAAAAUGUUCUGGAUGUGACUUGAGUGAAAAAGAUUUAAUAUCUAGAGAAAGUGCUGACUAAUUUUGUCUUUGCUUAGCUUUAUACUGGGUUAGUUUUGCCUCCCAUAUGGUGCUGAAAAGAAAUGAAAAAACACUUUAAUGAGCUUGCUAAGUUUGUUUAAAAUUGGCCUGGUGCAGCAUUCAGUGGUUGUAUGGUCAAGUCAAAAAGUAAGUAAUUUGUUUCUUCCCAGACCUGAAUAUAAGUAUUCCUCUGUCUAUAAAAUUAAAGGAAAGAUCUCAGACAAAACUUUAAUUUUAUGUACAGAAGGUAUAUACUCUCAAUUAGUAAGCUUGAGGAAAGGGACAAAUAUGAAAGAAUACUGUAAUGAAGUUUAUUAUUUGAGAGCAUGAAUAUAAUAAAUAAGCUGCAUAGGAGGAAGAAGAGAGGAUGGUAUGGGAGUGAAGAGAAUAGAGCAUUUGCCAAACUAGCUGCAAUUACUAACCAUGGCAGUGGGUCUAGUAUAGUAAUCAAUCAACUCUUCUAGGUAUGAAGAACGAAUGCAAAAACAGAAGUUCAACACUGGGUGGAAGUGGGGGGAGGUAAGAAAGGGACACAGCAUUGCCAUGAAGAACUGUGAGGACUGUAAGCUACUUGCCAGGGUCUAAUAGCAGAAAGGACAACUAAUCUCACUUCUGUACCGGAGAGCUUGCAGGCACCCACUGUCACCCAGGUUGUUUGUUUGUCUUUCAAGUAACUGAAGCUUCCUUUUCUACAUAGUCUGCUAAAACACUUGGGAUGAAUUCCUAGUUUUGAGGUUUCUGCUACUUUUAGAAUCCACUUUUCCCUUGUGCUUUGAACUUCUCCAGAACACUUUUAGAUUUGCACUACUGCAAACGUAGCUGAUAGCUUAAAACAGUUGGGUGCCUACUUAGCCAACUGGCGAGCGGCACAAAAUACAAAAGAACUGUUACCCAUAUAUGUGGCUAAAUCAGGUCGUUUUACACCAGAACUGGGCAUCUCAUUUUAUUAUGGACCCACAGCAGGUAUUAGCCCAGGCACUGGGACUAUUACAACAGAAUUCUGUAUGAUGGCUGCAAAUGACAUGAAUGUUCUAUAUGUGCCACUGUUGGAAAGGAUUUUAUAUUAGCUGUUAUUUAGUAUGAGCUGUGGUAUUUUGAGGUUUUGGGAUUUGACCUGUAUUAUCUUUCCUUUUGUACAACUAAAGUCAGGUGUAGCCUGCAUAAUUCCUGUUAGUAGUGCAGGUAUCACCACUGAGUCAUGUCCGUAAUGGUGAGUUACAGCUCAAAUAAGUCUUUUCUUAGCUUUUACAGAACCUCUAUUAACGUGUCUCUGUGCCAGUAGUGUUUUUUGAAUUUGUUUUGUAACUGCUGUAUUCUUCAUGUGUAGGUGGGACUAGUUUAGUUUGGGGUUGUGUUCAGCAUGGACUGGCUGAACCAAAGGGUCUGUUUCCGUGCUGUAUGGUUCUAUGACUCUAUUUGUUUUGUAUUCAUAUUUUCUGCAAUAUUCAUGCAUUUUUAAUUUAAUAAGUUUGCAACAUGAUGCAUUUUUUCCUAUUUCAUAUCAUCUUCCCUGUCUCAGAGAAAUCUAAACCCAUUUCUAAACUGCAGUGGUUCCCAGUACAUUUGGGCACAGUUUCAUUAAGUACAUUUUCAAAAGUUAACAAGGUGUGGAGCUGGAUGAAAACAGCAGGCCAGGCAGCAUCAGAGGAGCAGGAAAGCUGACGUUUUGGGUAUGGACUCUUCUUCAGAAAUGAAAAAGAAUUUUCAAAAGUUGAUUGGCUUACAAAUAUUCCACACAUCCUUUCCCCAAGUAAAAUUGACUGAAAACAUCACAUUCUCAAGUAUCUUCAGUUUCUGUGUCUUUCUAUAAUUUCUUACUAGCUUGUGAUUUCAGUUAAAGGACAUUUUUAUGAAACAGAACAAAAUAUAGUCUCACAUUUGUUAUGUAUCUCGUGUAAAAGGCAUGGUAAGACAGCACUGAUUAGUUUCAGCACAGGGUCUUCUUGAGAAAGAGUAAGGUUUUGAAAGUUGGUUUUGGUUCAAAAAGGCACUAAUUAUUAGGUGCAGAUACUUUAAUUUUUUGCAUGAGUCUUAUCAUUUCAUAGGUCUGCAUUCAAAAUACAUAUUAAGAAAUUUAACUUUAUUCCAGUUUAAUAUGUGAUCUAACACUUCACAUCAUUCCACAAAUAAAUGUUUUUCUUCUAGUUUUUGCUUCUCUUUGCUGCAGUAUGAUUCAAUCAUUGCUAGUCACUUCCUCUGAGGUAUGUUGCCCUACAGGUCAUUCCUUAUAGCAAUUAUUUAUAUUAGUUUCUUGGUAGAGCAAAGCUUAAACAUUGCUAAAAAGAGACAAAACGUUGAAACGUUUUGUAGUCAUCAGGAACAAAAAGCAAGAAAAGAAACCAGAAGCAACAACGUAUGCAGCGUGAGAAGUGGUUACUGUUUAAUUUGACUAAUCCUAGCAUGAGAUGCAAUAACACAGUUAACGGAUAAAAAUUCAAACCAGGCAAUUCGAUUCUGAUAGUCAGGGUGUUGCUAUGAGAAUGUAGCAGGAAUUGGCUGUGUCCAUAGCACCCUUCUCUCUGAAAGGCAAUUUUUACAAAUUUAAUAUGGCAACUAUUACAUUGGGGUGUAGGGUUUUUUAAAAAAAAUUUUUGCAGGAUGUCGGCAUCACUGGCUGGCCAGCAUUUAUUGCCCAUCCCUAAUUGACCUUG